AUGCUCGACUCAGGAACGUUGACAGAAUCUUUUGUCAACGUAUUGCACGUGUUCGACUUGCCGCAGCUGCACAACAAACCUUCCGUUUCAGAGUUGCACCAAGCCCUCAAGCUCCUCGCGAUCGAAACACCAUCAUGGGAGAAAGGUAGCCAAAAUAUAGGCAGGGGGGCCUUCAACAUUCAGCAAAGAUGCCGAGUUGCACCAGAAGGCGUGCCGAAAUACCUCACGUCUAUAAUUGCAAGUCCAUUAAACUGGAUCCAAAAUGAGGAGCAAAAGGUGGCUAUCUGGGAAGAGGCAAGUCUUAGACUUGCAGAGAGGUCUGGUAGAACUGCUAUGCCGGCGAUUUCACGAACUUUCAUAAUACCCAAGAAGGAUGGUGGAGACUUCGAGCUUCAGAUUUACGAGCCGUCCAUUACGGGAGAUAGUCUUGGUCUCAAGACCUGGGCCGCUUCAUACCUUUUGUCGAAGCGGCUUCACGCUAUCAAUAUUCAUAGACUAGAUGAUGGACCAUUGCGCAUCCUUGAGUUGGGUUCGGGGACGGGUUUGGUGGGAAUGGCUGCGGCUGCCAUACUCGGCGCGGAAGUGAUUCUCACAGAUCUGCCAGACAUCGAAGGGAAUCUGGCGCGCAAUGUUAAGCAGAAUGAAGUUGUUAUUCAACAACACUCCGGUGUGGCAAGAACUGCAGUCCUCGAUUGGACACAGCCCGAAUGCAUCAUCUCAUCGAAAAUCAGCGUAUCGACGGACUCGAACUCUGGCCUCGACAGCGCGACCAAGAUUGACAAAUUUCCCGUCAUAGUCGCAGCCGACUCUAUCUAUUCGGCCGAGCAUCCGCGUAUGCUCGUAAACACCGUGAAGUCUUGGCUUGCCGCCGGUUCUGCGUCACGGGUCAUAGUCGAGCUCCCGAUUCGAGACGGCUAUUGCGCCGAGAUCAAUGAAUUCCGGCAAGGAAUGCUCAGAAUCGGGCUUGAAGUGCUCGAAGACGGUGAAGAGACAGGUUACGAUGAUUGGGGAGGCAGUUCGGAGGACGAACUGCAGGAAGUGAAGUGCUGGUGGUCGAUUUGGGCAUGGGAGAGGAAACUGCCAAAUUAA